GAAGCAUAUGAGAAGAAUUAAAUUUUAAAUAAUACGUUACUUGUAUGUAAACUACAAGUGACGUAUUAGAAAAUGUUUUCAAAAUUAGUACGGGCAUCUGUGAAGCAGUUAUGGCGCGUCCCACCCAGGCCGGUCGCCCAGGCGAUCGCGCCGGUGCGGCAAUACUCCGACAUUAUGCCUCCCACUCAGUACGAUAUCCCCAUCCCAAAGAAGCUGCAGAUCGGCCACGUCCUGAAGGAGUACUGGGAGACCAUCCCUCUGUUCUUAACCACCUUCACCUCGAUCGCGCUCGUGGUGGUAGCGAUCAUUUACGCCGCCAGGAAUAAGGUGGACAUAGUGUUCAGCACGCACAACCGCGAGAACAUAUCCCGUACCAUGGACCUGCGGAACCCGUCCGUGCACAAGGUGAUAACCAUCAACCAGCGCUACGAGCCCUGGCCAGAGAUGCAGGACGUGCUGGACAAGAUGAAGAUGGCGGAGAAACGCGCGCUUGUCCGCGCUCAGUCGUGCAAUCACCCUUAGGAGAAACGCGCGCUCGUCCGCGCUCUGUCGUGCGGCCACCCGUAGGUGACGUCACUUCUGCAGCGCCGCACUUGGAGUGAAGACUAGUGAUGACCAUUUGGAAAUCAGAAGAAGAAUGGCAAAACCGCAGAUGCUUCUUUAUCAAUAUGAGAAGAUCAGUGAAUUCCAGCUGUUCCUAAGACCAGCAUCACACUAGACUUCAAGAGCCAAGUGCCACAAUAACGGACUUGAGAACUUCUGCUUCCUUUUGCCUGUACAAGUGAAAUGCCCUAUUGUAACGUUUAUGUAACG